ACUAAUCCAAGCUUAUUCUUCGUUUAUUUUAAUGGGGGAAUGCGUUUCAAUUUUGACAUAAAAUGUAUGAUACGAAGUCAGACAGACAGACUUUAGUUGUACGGAGGUUGGAACGCGGCACAGGCACAGGCCAAUGACACAUUUUUGACAUUUCCCUGUCAUUUUUUGUGUACAAUUUGGUUAGGUAGUUUUAGAAAAUAUUGAAGAAAUGCUUAGUGAUGUUAACUAACAGCUAAUAGAUGUUUAUUUUUUUUAUUACCAAAUAAAAUACGCAAUGUAGAUAAUGGAGCUGAAAUAAUGUUGUCAUGUGAUUGUAAAAGAAAAAUGGAUAUUAGUGAACAGCAGCUUCUAGAGACACGUCGUCUAAAGGAUGCAGGCAUAGAAGUCGCAAUGUCAUCACCACAACCACUCAUUCACUGGAAAGAGUUUGUUUGUGGAGGAGGGUCAGCCUUCUGUAAUAUUAUUAUCAGUUAUCCUCUAAAUAAACUCAUAUUUAGACAGAUGAUGCAUGGUGUUGAAGCUACAUUUGCACUGAAUCAACUUCAGAAAGAGGGCUUGGCUUACUUAUACCGUGGUAUGUUACCACCUUUGUUGCAAAGAACAUUGUCAAUGUCUCUUAUGUUUGGUGUAUAUGAUGAGUGUUUAAGGCCACUGUUAGAUCAUAAAGUUAAUCCAUAUGUUGCUAAAACUGUGGCUGGUGUAGUGGCAGGUUGUUUCGAAGCAACUCUAAUGCCUUUCGAGAGAUUACAAACUUUACUCAUUCAUCCAAAGUUUCAUCAAGAAUUCAAAAACACAGGACACGCUGCUAGAUAUAUUUCAAAGCAUUAUGGUAUCAAAGAAUUUUAUAGAGGUCUCAUACCUAUAUUGUACAGAAAUGGCCCUUCCAAUGCCAUGUUUUUUAUUAUUAGAGAUGAAAUCAAAGAUAAACUACCCCAGCAGAAAUUAAUUUUUUAUGCAAGCUUACAAAAUUUCUUAGCAGGAGCAUCAAUUGGAGCGUUUUUGAGUACCCUGUUUUACCCCCUCAAUGUCAUAAAGAUAGCAAUGCAAUGUGAACUGGGUGGAGGCCAUAGAACAAUUUUGUAUGAAUUUAGAUAUAUUUUACACAAAAGAGGUUCAAAGUUUGCUAACUUCUAUCAUGGAGCAUUACUUAAUAUAUCAAGAGCAUUUAUAAGUUGGGGUAUAAUAAAUGCGUCCUAUGAAAUUUUUAGAAAAGCAUUAUAUCCAUGAAUUAAUAUAAGCAGUUAGUCAUAUUUCUAGUUAAUUUUUGUUUCAUUUGUUGAGACAGUUUGUUAUUUAUUUUUACGAUUAAGUGAUGUGAUCACUACAAAGGAUGUAUGUAUGAAAACUAUGUUUAAAAUAUAUUUUCAGCCCUGUGAUUAGUAUAAACUGUUAUGAUUUUAUAAUUUAUAUUUAUACCAUUUUACUACAGCAAAAGUGUAAUAAAAAGUUUUCAUUGUUGGAUGUACAAAUGUUUAUGUAUUAUAUAAAACAACAUUAAUGGCAUGUGUUAUGAAGGGGGCCUCAGCAGUUGGAGAUGUAAGGCAGAAUGGUGAAUCCUUACAUCAAAAUAAAACUUUUUUGAGUAUAAACUAGGUAAAUGAUUGUUAUUUCAUCAGUAAGAGAUACUUAAAACAAUUCAAAUAAUUGCUAAUAUUCAAAGAAAACACAAAAUACACAAGAUUAUAUAAAUUGUAAAUAUAUUGUGAAAUAUUUAACAAAAAAGUUCUGUUACAAUGAUUAUAAAAUAACCAGCAAUAAACUAAAUACAUAGUUACAUAUUCAGCUGUUUACAUUUUUUUAAGUACAGUUCCAUUUCAGAUUUUUACAAUAAUAUCAAUAUUAGUGAUCAUUCUUGUCUUAUCAUAUUCACCAGUGAUACUACUGAUAACAAUUAGGAAUCAUUUUUUUCUUUUAUUUAACAAAAUUACAAUAUAAUAUUUAGCUAGAAGUGUAAACAACUUAUUUAAUUUUCCAAAUGCUAAACAUUUUAUAGUACAAAAACUGAUCACUUGUGUUAAAACGUCGACCCUGGCGUGAUUCUCUAAACUUAAAACUAA